GUUCCAUAUUACACAUUACACCAUAGAUACUUCCAUCGACCAGUUAAAGCAGUUGGUAAUCGAACAAGCACACACUUACAGCUUCCUGUAAUCGCACGGCAUCGUGUACCGUUGUCGAGGUUUGUUUUUUUUUUCAUUCUCGCUCAGUUUUAGUUGAUUGCCUUAUCUUGAACGACAUGCGCUCCCGCUUCCCUAUCGCGCCUAUAUCCGAACAAGAUGCGUCCAAGCAGCCGUAGCUCGCAGUUCGCGUACGCUGAUCGUCGUCAACCGUUCUGUCAAACGUGAUCCGCGUGCGUGAGGGACUGAGUGCGUGCUUGCGUACGUCACGCGUGUCAAUUGUAAACGAUACUUCAGAUCGGCGAUCGCUCCGUGAAUGUAGAAAGCGCCAACACGUGCCACACGCAAUGGAACUUCAGAAGACCGACACUGAGUCGAACGGCGGGCUUUCCGAUGAGGAGUACGAACCAUUCCGGCAUCGACGCGUAAAGAAACCAAAUUCUACCAAUGGCACAAUCAUCCACAUGCUCAAAGGAUCGCUCGGGACCGGCAUCCUGGCGAUGCCUUCCGCUUUCCGCAACGGUGGGCUGGUGUUUGGUGUUAUCGGCACCACGCUCGUGGGACUAAUAUACGCGCACUGCGUCUAUUUGCUGGUAUCAACGUCACAAAAAUCCUGCAAACGGACUCGCGUACCGGUGCUUGGUUUCUCGGAAACGGCUCAAAGUGUGUUCCGGCAUGGACCAGCACCUACUCAACGAUUUGCCAAUGCCGCCAAGGCGUACAUCGAUUACUCCCUGCUAAUCGUCAGUUUCUUCUCCGUUUGCGUCUAUCUGCUUUUCAUUGCGACAACCCUGCGGGACGUGAUUAACAAUGAGCUCGGCAUCGACUGGGACACACGCAUCUACAUUCUGCUGACCGCUGUUCCGCUAAUCUUCGUUACACAGGUGCGUGACCUCCGCUAUUUGGUGCCAUUUUCUGCUCUUGCCAACACACUCAUCUUGGUCACGUUCGGUAUCACGCUGUACUACAUCUUCCGCGAACCGAUCGACCUGUCCAAUCGGGAGCUGUUUCCGGAAAUAACCGCACUGCCAUCGUUCUUUGGCACGGUUGUGUACGCGGUGGAAGGCAUUGGGGUGGUCCUCCCGGUCGAGAAUAAGAUGAAGCACCCUCAGCACUUCCUGGCCUGCCCGGGGGUAGUCAGCAUCGUGCUAAGCUUCAUCACCGUCUUGUACAACGUGACCGGAUUUUUUGGCUACGCACGUUACGGUCCCGGCACGCGUGCAUCCGUUACGCUCAACCUACCGAGCGAGGAAAAGCUCGCUGUAUCCACCCAGCUGCUGGCUGCCCUUGCAAUCCUGUUUACCCUUGGCAUCUACUAUUACGUACCGAUGGACAUCCUGUGGCGCAAGGUGAAACAUUACUUCCCCGUCGAACGGCACAACAUUGCGCAGAUUGGCAUCCGCUUCGGCAUCCUGGUAGCGAUGACCGGGCUGGCACUCGGUGUUCCGGAGCUCGAACCAUUCAUCGGGCUGGUCGGAUCGAUCUGUUCCGCAACGCUCGGGCUGCUUACACCGAUCGUACUGGAUACGGUUUUCCGUUGGUCAACUCCCGGUGCGUUCGGUGUUUUCCGGUGGCGGAUGGUAAAGAACGUAAUCCUGAUGGCGUUCGGACUGUUCAUUCUCGUCGUUGGGACGUACUUCAGCAUUAAGGAUAUCGUGGAGAUCUAUGGAUAAGGCUCAGCAAGAAAACAAAACAUGUGUUGUGAAAUAAUAAAUAUUUCAUUCAUGUACCUUUAACAAACGCAUUUAUACUUAGUCAAAAGGACCAACGAA